AUACGUUUUACAGUGUUAGAUUGGCAAAAAUAUACUUCAACAAAAAUAUAUACAUUUGUUUAUAGAUAAUAUUGCAUUUUUUGUUUGCAUAUGAAACAAACAUGUGGAAAGUUGUGGCUGUAUUGCUACAUUUAGCUAUACUCGGCUUUAUGCUGAUGAUCUAUUUCCGAUCAAGCAUUAUCAGUGGAAUACAACCGCAGUUAACGCACCGCGAAUUGGGACUGAAGCCGCCAGCAGACCGACUCGUUGUCUUCUUAACCGAUGGAUUUCGUGCUGAAUCGUUUUUUUCGAAUAAAUGUAGCUCAGUGCCGCAGCUACAAGGAAUAUUCAUGGAACAGGGUCUGGUGGGCAUAGCACGCGCUUGUGCACCCACACAAUCUCGACCAGGACACAUUGCCAUUUUUGGUGGCUUUGCCGAGACCUUUCAUGACCCUUCGGCAGCUUUAACAAAUUUCAAAAAAAAACUCACAGUAUUUGAUACGGUAUUCAAUCGCACAAUGGGCGGCACUUGGGGCUGGGGUGGCACUGAUAUUGCAAAUAUAUUUCGACCACUGCCCGAUGGCGGCAAUCCGUUGCGCUUUGAAACAUAUACUAAUCUUGAUUUUACGGGCAGAUUUCAGGCAGAUCAGUGGGUAUUCGGUCGUGUACAAAGCUUCUUCGCCAAUCCAGAAAAAGUCAAGUUAAUGAAUAGUAAAGUACCGACGUUAUUUUAUAUAUAUCUUGGCGAUAUCGACGUUGCUGGGCAUGCAGUUAAGCCGAACUCGAAAGAGUAUUGGAAAACAGUUAACAAAACGCUCAAUGGCGUUGUACAAACGUACAAACUUUUUGAGAGAAUCUUUAAGGAUAAGCGUACUGUUUACUUAUUGACAUCCGAUCAUGGCAUGCGUGACUCGGGCUCCCAUGGCGGCAGCACCUCUGACGAAAUCCAUGUUCCCUUCUUUUUUUGGGGAGCUGGCAUCAAUCGCGUGGGUCCCCACAAUGGAUUAACCUUUGCGGCAAACAGCAGAGGCGAUGUUCUGCCGCUGCAUGAUUUGGAACAAAUCCAAUUGGCUCCACUUAUGUCCGCACUAAUCGGCCUGCCGCCGCCAAUGAAUAACAUGGCGCUGCUACCACAGGGCUACAUGAAUGUGAGCGUGGAGUACGAGGCGAUAUCGAUGCAUUUGAAUACCUUGCAAUUGCUGGCUCAGGUGCGGCAGAUCUACAAGACACAACAUCACGGAAUAUUAUCGAAAUGGCUGCCAAGAUACCAGCUAUUGGAUGGACAACGCGUAGCGCGCUAUAAGUUAAAGUUUGCCAAAGCUAUGGAGCAGCAGUGCUACUUGUCGGCCUUGGAAUUGAGCCGACAAAUGGGCAAGCGAGCGCUGGAGUGCCUGGUGUACUACAGAGAUUACUAUCACAUACCGCUGCUGGUGGGUCUGGCAAUCGCAUCUAUAGGCGUCUUCUGUUUCCUCAUUGCCAGCCAAUCGCGUCAGCCCGUCAAAGCGCGCAACUGGACGUUUUUAACCAUAAGCAGCGCGGUGUUUCUUUCACUGGAGCUGCUGGUCGCUGUGCUGUUGUAUUUGCAGCAUGUGCCCUGCUGGAUAAGCUUCUAUUUCCUGUUGCCAUUACCCAUUUGGUGGUUGGCUCUAGGUGCGCAUGUUCCUGGUGAGCCACUGAUGCGCGCACCCAUUAUACAGCUGCUGUGGAUAUUUGCCGCUUCUGCACUGCUAGUCAGCAGCUUCUUUUAUCCACACUGCAUAGCCUGGGUCUAUUUGGCGGCGAUGGUUGCGCAUAAUCGUCGUGGAUUCGCCAAGCCUUCGGUAAAGUUUUUUGUCUGGCUCGGCCUGGUGGUGCUGCUAACGGCCUGCGCCGCCUAUGGUCCAGAUCUUGGCUACAACCAUCCAUUUAUACUCUACUUCUCAAUGGUGCUGACCAUGCUGCGUCCGCUGGUGUUGAACGAACGUCAUGCCUGGCAUGUCUGGUUGGUGAAUGGCAGCAUGUUGCUGUUGGGCGCAUACGCUGUGGAACAGCGCCGGAAUAACGAGCCCAUUGACUCCAUGUUGCAUAGCAUUUUCUGGUUCUUUCUAUGCUAUGCCACCAUAUCCAUACCUUUUGGCAACACAAGCACGCCACAGCAACGCCAGCAGCUGGUGUUGUUCAAUCUGAGCACAAUUUACACGCUGCUCAGUCUGUCCUGCGAAUCGAUAUUCAUACAGAUUAUGUGCACUGAGUUCUCGCUGGGACUGCAGGUGCACGUAGGCACUAAGGAGCAGCAAAGUGACGAGGAGGAUAGCGAGAGCGAGCAGGUGGAGAAACCGGAUAAGCCAUUGACACCAUUGCAGCAUGUGCAGAAGAGUUAUCUUUGCGCUGGUGCCAUACUGCUCUACACGUAUUUCUCCAGCAUUGCUGUGGGAAACCAGCCCAGCAUUACCUCCUAUGAUCCUAACAUAGCACGCAUCUUUAUCACCGAUUAUUCCAUUACGUUUAUUGGCUUCUUGAUCGUUUUGAAAAUCCUUUUACCCCCGCUCAUCAUUAUAACUACCAUGUUUGCGUUUUACAGCUUUGCCCGUCAGAAUAUUCGUAGCAUCCUCGUCUGCAUGCUGCUCAUCUGCGAUGCCAUGGGCAUUUACUUCUUCAUCUUUGUUCGUAACAGCGGCAACUGGUUGGGUGUUCGCGAUUCAGUCUCAAAUCUAUUUGUUGUGCUUGGCAUACCCUUGGGACUCGUCUCACUUAUCUGGCUGCCUAAAUUCUUCCUUAGUGCCAUUCCCAUGACAAUGCUGCCAAUGCUGCGCUGGAAAAGCGUCCCACUGCCGACUCACACCGGCCAAAGCGAAGCCUGACGAAGUGUGCUUGACAAAAAUUACCAUACAAAAAAUUAUCUAGUGUAAUAUUUAAUAAGUGAAAACAUUGAUUUGAAUCACGGUCAAAAAAAAAACAAGAAAUUUA